AUAAAGAAUCGUCCAACUGCCGUUCAGAGGCGAACGUCAGCUAGCUUAGCUCGCGAGCGUCAACGCUAGCCGACGACUUAAGAAAGGGUUUGCCUUCCGAGCUAGUUCACGGUAGCCGACAACAACCGCCUUUAAAUAGCCCCGCUGGGCCGCGGCAUUUACUGUUAAAGGUCGUCGCGUCUGUCGCCACUAGUCUUCACUCGACGACGCAAAUUCGACGGAAAUAUUUUCUGUCGCGUCGCGAACCGCAGGCGAAAAAUGUUUGCUAACGUUAGCGAAGCGUUCUAGCUAACGUUCGGCUCUACUCGGAGAGAGGUGUGUUCGUGUCCGAUAGAAUGUAAAACACACACUCACUGGGUCGUUUUAACUCCAGGGGGAUGUUUAAUUGGUGUUAUUAAACGUCGCUGCCGAUACUUUGUCUUCUAGAGAUUAUGGCGGACCCUCAUACGCGCUACAGCAAACGCCUGCGUACCGGGACGCGCCGCCGCUACCAGGAUGAUGGAAUCUCAGACGAUGAAAUUGAAGGGAAACGGAUGUUCGACCUGGACGAGAAGUUGCAGUGUGUCAGGUUUAACUCUGACUUGAUCAAACACAUGGCGGGUAAAGAUUUCACAUUUGAGUACAUCCAGAGAGAAGGACUCAGGGACCCCAUUAUCUUUGACAUAGCUGACGGCCUUGGCAUACAAAUGCCAGACCCUGAUUUCAGUGUGAGUGAUGUCAAAUUGUUUGUUGGUAGUCGACGCAUUGUAGACGUGAUGGACGUGAACACCCAGAAGGGAAUUGAGAUGUCGAUGUCUCAGUGGCGACGCUACUAUGAGACACCACCAUCUGAAAGAGAAAAACUUUACAACGUCAUCAGCCUGGAGUUCAGCCACACGAGGCUGGAGAAUCUGGUCAAACGUCCGGCUUCGGUGGACCUCAUUGACUGGGUGGACAACAUGUGGCCCCGCCAUCUCAAGGAGAGACAAAGAGACUCCACGAAUGCCAUCAUAGACAUGCAUUAUCCCAAAGUACAGAAGUACUGUCUCAUGAGUGUGCAGGGCUGCUUCACAGAUUUCCACAUUGACUUUGGAGGCACUUCAGUGUGGUAUCACAUCCUGCGAGGAGGAAAGGUGUUCUGGCUUAUUCCACCCACACCACCGAACCUGGAGAUGUAUGAGAACUGGGUUUUAUCAGGAAAACAAGGGGACAUCUUCUUGGGGGAUAAGUGUUUUGACUGUCAGAGGAUUGAGCUCAAGCAAGGCAACACCUUCAUAAUCCCAUCAGGGUGGAUUCAUGCUGUGUACACACCAGAGGACACAUUGGUGUUUGGGGGAAAUUUCCUCCACAGCUUCAACAUCCCCAUGCAGCUCAACAUCUACAGCAUUGAGGAUCGUACAAGGGUGCCAGCAAAGUUCCGCUACCCAUUCUACUUUGAGAUGUGCUGGUACGUCCUGGAGAGAUACCUCUACUGUCAGACCAACAUCUCCCACCUCACUCCUGAGUUCCAGAAAUACUCCCUCGGCAUAGGACUGACACAGACUGACAUUGAAACCAAUGAUCAAACCAAGAAUGGCACAGCUAAUGGAGUUGAAAGGACUGAAAUCAUGGAGAUCGUAGUAAAAAAGGAAGAAGUUGAAGAACAAGAGACAGUUGAAGAUGCCAAACCUCAGCACAUGCUGACUCCCUUUGAGCUGGAGGGACUGUGGAACCUCUUAGGGAAGCUAGAGGAGCUGUCGGACCAGAAAAAAUGUGUACCGGAAGGCAUCCUGAAUGCUGCAGCUCUGCUCGAAGACAUGAGGACUCUUCUGAAAGAGCAUUCCAAUGAUAACCCCAAGUUGUCCUACACUGGAAAGCCCAUUGUCAAGUGGCCCAAAAGGCCGUCAUGGUACCAGCCUCCAUCUCCCCCUCCCCCUCCCAUUCCCCGCCCUCGCUUGGGGCCCACCAAGCCUUUGGGUCAGAGGCCCACCAAACGCUACUCCAUCUCUGCCCUGAGGCGCAGGCGGGUGAGGUGUAAGCGCUGUGGCGCCUGCUGCCGGAAGGAGUGCGGCAACUGCCAGUUCUGCAACGACAUGAGGAAGUUUGGUGGCCCCGGACGAAUGAAGAAGGGCUGCAUGUUGAGACGGUGUCUGUUGCCUGCCUUGCCAAACACGGCACGAUGUGCCGUAUGUGGAGAAGGAGAAUUAGAUGAAUCAAAUCCGAGCACUUUCUCACUCAUGGAGUGCUCGGUCUGUUCGCAGAUUGUUCAUCGUCAAUGCAAUAAGGAACCCGGUGAAGGGAAAAUCAAUAAAGAUUUGCCCAGCUGCUGGGAAUGUCCCAAAUGUUACCAAGGCAAAGAUGUGGAGUCUUCCAGCGAUGAGGAAAGUGAGGAGUCGGAGGGCUCAACCGCCUUGCCACUGUCCAAACUUGCUUACCGGGAGGGAAUUGGUGUAGGUGACGGGGCGAGACGAGCGAAACCGAGCAGGUCCUCAUCACGAUCCACAGCACCACCGCCAUCUCAGAAACUUCUACUGCAGCAUCAACAGAAUCGCAAAAGAGCAAAUGCACUGGAGCUCCGACUUAAGAAGAGGAUAAAAUUGGAGCGCAGCAAGAUCCUAACGAAACAGUCGUCUCUCGAGCGUUCUCCCAGACUCAUGCGCUCCAAGGUGCUGUCCCGGCUGCGCUCUCCAACCAGCAGAAUUUCUCAGGGAAGAGGCCGGGGCUCCACCUGGGCGAGUAGCUCCUCUCACCACAGCACUUCAGGAGCGACUGAUUCAUUCCAGCAACAGUCUUCCGUUGGUCUGGUGCUUGAGCCCACGGGAGAGCCCCACAGAGGGAGGGGCAGAGGGGUGAGGCUGCGGGGAGGAGGAGCCGGAAGAGGAAUCAGAGGUGGGAGAAGCCAUGAAGAGUUGGAGAAGGAGGAGAGCGAGGACAGCAGCAGCAGCAGCACCAGCAGCAGCGGCAGCAGCAGCAACAGCAGCAGCAGCAGCAGCAGCAGCAGCAGUGAUGACGACAAGGAAGAGGAGAGAGGGCAGAACGUUGGGAGGGGAUUGGACAAAGAGAACCAGCCGCAGUCGAGGCGAGGAGGACGGGCAGCCAAAGAGGGAGAGGAGGAAGUGAGCGAGGUGGCCAACCAAAACGAUGCCGAGGAGGACAAGGAGGAGGAGAUGGAGCAGGACAGUGAAACGAGGGCCAAAGAGGGCUCGUACCUUAAAGUGACACUCCAAAGGCCAACCAAAGCCAAACAUGACCCGCCAGCCAUUGUCCCCAAGUUGGAAGCCAUCGCCCCUCAAACUGCCAGCUCCACGACACACAACCAGACCAGAGUCCUCGUCAGACCCCCCAUUAACAGCCGUGCCCUCUGUCCCGAUAAACACUCCAGUAGGCACACACCUCCUUACACUCGUAGUAGACACACAGACACUCGCACCUCCCACCCAGAGAGGCUCAGCAGACCUGCUAAAUUGAGCAAUGGCGCCUCCUCUUCUUCAACAUCUGAGCUUCCCCAUCUCCGCAUCCCUCUGUCCGCCCUGCAGGAAGGGGGGAGCGAGGCGGACAGGGAGAACAGUGGCAGCGGACCAGGCUGUGAGAGGGAGGUGUGGGUCUCUGUCUUCCGUUACUUAAGUCGAGCUGAUCUCUGCGUCUGCAUGGCCGUCUGCAAGAACUGGUACAAAUGGUGUUUAGACAAGCGGCUUUGGGCUCGGAUUGACCUGAGCAUCAAACGCACCAUUACUCCUCAGGCCCUAACGGGCAUCACAAAGAGACAGCCGGUCACGCUGGAUCUGUCAUGGACCAACAUCUCUAAAAAACAGCUCAACUGGCUUGUUGGCCGCCUGCCAGGGCUGAAGGAUCUGAUGGUGGCAGGUUGUUCCUGGUUAACUAUUUCAGCGCUCUGCUCCUCUGGGUGCCCUCUCCUCCGUUCUCUGGACCUGCGGUAUGCAGAUGGCGUCAAAGACUCUCAGAUCAGGGAUCUAGUCACCCCUCCAGGUUGUGACAAUCGCAGUCAGUUUCGGACCAUGCAGUGUUUGCGACUAGCAGGCCUGGACAUCAGCGACGCCACUCUGCGCCUGGUGAUUCGCCACAUGCCCCAUUUAACAAAACUGGACCUCUCCCACUGCAACGGCCUCACCGACAACUCCAUCAAUCUGCUGACCGCAGUGGGCUCGUCCACGCGAAACACGCUCACAGAACUCUCCCUGGGAGGUUGCAGUAAACUGACAGACACGAGUCUGAAGUAUCUCCGCCGCCUCUCUUGCGUCUCCCUGCUCGACCUGCGAGGCUGUAACGGUGUCUCCCGCAAAGCCUGUGAGGCCUUCAUCUCCGAGCUGUCGGUCAACACACUCUACUGCUUGUCGGAUGAAAAACUGAUCCAGAGAAUUUCUUAAGCAUCCGCCUCUUCUCACUGCAGAGGGGAUUUGAGGCGCAAAGGCAACAGUGAAUGUGUGUCACACAAAGGACACGGGCAGCAAGGGAAGUUCACACGUGUCACGGUGGAGCAGGAGAGGGGUCUGAACUGGGAGCGCUGACUCACUUAACUGGUGUUGGUGAAAGGGGUUGUCAAAACUGAAACAUUUCUUUUUUAACAUUAUGUAAAUGUUUCCAUGCACCGUAAAAUGGGACUCAUUUUUCUUUUUCAGUUAUUUUGGGAAUUUGUGCUGAGUGGAAAGUCUUUUUUUUCUUUUUUCUUUUUGUUGGAGAACUUGGGGAAUUAAUUCUCUGUAUUAAACUGCACUUCCUUUGGAUAACCAAGUCAUCAACUCUUUGAAGUGACAUCGAUCUUCUCUCCACACAAACUCCUGCCUUGAGUUAGACUUUUGACUUUCAUCGUUGGGGUGUAACUGCAUUGUUAUGUUUGGCCGAUUCCCAUAAAGUCUUAUUUAUCUUCUGAUUUAUCAUUUUAACUUCUUUUAAUAUCGGCUACUGGUUGGUGCUCUAAAUAGAUGGUUAUAUUUUGUCAGAUUCAAGAGAGCACACGUCUAGAGGUUUGACGUCUGCUUUAUGCACAACAACUAUGCGCUAAGAUUUAUUUUUUUGAAGACAACUAAAAGGUGACAUAUUUUGGACAUCAUUGCUUAUAAAGUGAGGGAAUGGCCCGUUUACCAGUUGUAUGUUCAGCUCAAUAAGGCAUUUGGAUGCAACAGUAGUUAUCGGUAUACCUGAUAAGUGUACAUGGACAUUGAGUAGAUGUGGUUGUAGAAAAGGGUAGAGACGAUGUGAGAGGGCAAUCGACAAACGCCUCACCCUAACAAAGGACAGGUGAUCGGGGUGUCAGAUAAAUGUUGCAUUUUAGACUUCAGGUGCUUUUAUUUCCAAACUCUUAUUGCUUUGUUUUUGUACAGAGACAACAUUUAGAGCCAAUAUGUUAAUAUUCUAGAUGAAAUUGCUCCCCAACCCCUCUUUGAUACACUUUCUUCUUUUCAUGGAUGGAAAAAUGUGAUCGUCUACUUUUCAUUGAAUUCCAAUUCAAUGUAGAGAUGUUCAGUUUGGGUUGGGGUUGCUCAUUUCUUUGUUCCCUUAAAGUGUCGUAGUUCUGUAUCAUAGGUCUCCUGCCCGACUGGCCAUAUACCUUCAAAUGAAUAUAAGUAUAUAAAUAUAUACUUUUGUGUA